AUGGCCUCCGCCAGCAAGGGCGCCAAGGCCAAGGCGGGCGCCGUGCGCUUCGCCCCCGCGCCGCCCGCCGACGCCGCCCCCGGCCACGUGCGCUUCGACGAGAAGCUCCGCGACUCGGCCGUCGCCGUCACGCAGGAGAAGGACGGCAGCUUCCUGGUGAAGGUGGGCUUCCUGAAGAUCUCGCACCGCUACGAGAUCACGUUCGCGCUGCCGGCGCUGCCGCGGCUCGGGCGCGCCGUGUGCGCCGCGCCGCUGCCCAACCCCAACCUGCGCGUCACCCGCAUCGCGCCCGCGCCCCAAGGCUACAGCGUGCAGUGCGAGUACAUGGCGCACCGCGAGGGCGUCCUCAAGGAGGAGAUGCUGCUCGUCAGCGAGACCCGCGACGGCGCCUGCGUCAAGGUCGUCGUCCAGGCCCGCGUCAUGGACCGGCACCACGGCACCCCCAUGCUGCUGGACGGCGUGCGCUGCGUCGGCGCCGAGCUCGAGUACGACUCGGAGCAGAGCGACUGGCACGGCUUCGACUAGCGCCCGCGGAGCUGCCGGCGGCCGCUUCGCGCCGCUGCCGCGGGACCCUCCUCC